CCACCGAAAUGAUUAGGUGUUCCGUCAGAUUCCCACCCCACCCACCGGCUCAGACAAAAAGCGUACGAUAGAACCAAAUCGGGUUCGAUGACUUCGAUAUCUCGUUUAGGGCACUGAUUAGAGCCGAAAAUUGCAGAGCCAAAAAGAAAAAAAAUCAAUCGUCGUUGUGGAAUAACAAAAGCUAAUCACAAAUUGGUGGUGCAAGUUUGUUACUCAAACACAAGUGAAUUUUGUGGUUGCUUCGAUUCAUCGAUCUCAGAUUACAAAUAUUUAAAGUGGGAGCUGGCUUUUUCAGUUUUCGCAGAAAUGGUGGGAUGAGGAGAGUGAGAGAGACAUGGCGAGAGGGAAGUGGGUUUGUUCCUACAAGAAAACCACUCUCUUAGUUUGCUUUGUCAACAUUGCCGUUGCUCUCUACGUUCUUCGCUCUCUCUAUGGUUCUCUUUAUAUCUACUCUGGUAACGUCUCCCGUAACGUUGUCUUGUAUAAGCCAGAUCAGAUUAAGAAAAUGGAAGAAUCAAUCCAAAUCCGCAAUGCAUAUAAACCGGUAGAGUUAAUUAAAUGGGUGAAUGCUUUAGAAGGGGAGUUUUCGAGAGAUAACGUGGCGGUUGAGUUGCCUCAGCAUUUGAAACAGAAAAUAAUUGAUGAGAUCUUGCAGAGACUAAGGGGCUUGAAUUCCAGUAGCACAGAUAAUGCUAAGGAACGAGAAGCAGUUGAAAGUUGGCGCAAGGAAAAACUGAAAGAGGUCAAGUUGGCUCUUGUGAAUGGAACUUCCAACUCAAUCAUCCCUCAUGAAGAGGCUGGUAUGCUAGUAAGAGCUUUGGAGUCUGAUUGGGUUGUGCUUUGUGAAGAGGUUGGCCUUUGGAUAUCUGAUCAAGUUGCUAAUGAAGUUCAUGAUGAUAAACCUGAGGGAGAAGAGGAGUUUGAGGAGGAGGUUCUUCCUGGCAGACCCCUUUCACCUGAGUGCCAUGCUGAACUUCACACGGAUUAUGAUGGUGCUGCAGUAAGAUGGGGUCUUACCCACCACAAAGAUAGUGCAGCUGAUUGCUGUCAGGCUUGCGUGGACCAUGCGAGACAUGCCAAGGAAGGUGAAAAGAAAUGCAAUAUUUGGGUUUAUUGCCCAUCUGAGUUUGGGUGUCAUUCUCCAGAUAUCUAUCAGCACAAACAUCAAGAAUGCUGGCUGAAAUAUGCUGAGAAACCUCGAAUAAAUUUUAAGGAUAGGUAUUCUGAAUCAUAUCGAAAUUCACACCCAUCUGCACCAGUGAUUGUUCCAUGGGUCUCUGGAGUUGUUAGUUCAUGAGUCAAAUAACCAAACAUCAAAGGUAACAUAAUCAACCAGGGCUACCUCGUAGGCUACAAGAGCGAAAGCUAGCUCAGGCAAAGCCUUUGUCUUGAUCGUCGAUUAUACUUCUGUUCUUCAACUUGUUUUUUGUGUAAAAGAAAUGAACUGGGGAGCAAAGAAUUUUCUCCAAUGGUCAUUUAUGACUUGGUUUUGGUCAAAAUACGGUUUUUGACAGGCUCACCAUCUCGUCGCCAAGGAUUUUCCACCAAGGUUGGUCUAACACGAAAGGUACUUUUAACUGAUGAGAAUGUUUUGUUGUAAGCUAUUUGAUACAUAAUUCAUUGUAUCUGUGGGACUUAGAAUCCUACUCAUAAUAUAAUUCUUGUUCUUGAAGUUGAUGA